CGUCACAACAAUCAGACCAGCUGAAGGUGUCGAUGCUGUCAGACAUACAAGUACAUCAGAGCGGGAAAUCUGAACUUUUAUAACCUGGAGUAGAACCUCAAACCAAGAUGAUAUUUCUGACCUUUCUCGCCAUGGCGGUACAUGAAAUCAAGAAAUUCAAGAAAUCCCUUGAACCUUACAACGGCCCCGAGGAUGACCCUUUCGUCAGAUGGGUGGAUGUGGACCCAGGACAGGCUCCCCCGAACAUGCCCUUCCUCCUGGACGACCUGAUUCCCCCGCCGCCAAACCCCAACAACUACCACAACGACGGCCGGAACCACGAUCCGUCCGCUGCCUACUGUCCUCCCAGCUGGAUGUACAGAACAGAGUAUUACGCCAGCGAGGCAGACAAGUAUGAGAAGAACUUCGGGAGAAAGUUCCCUGCCGGCAAGGCCUAUGUUGUCACAUAAACAGUGACUCCAGAGAGACUAUUGUUUCGCAAGCGAAAGGGGGAAGACAUUUGAAUAAUGCGAUUUUUUCGAACAUUGAUCUCAGUAUAAGUUUUAAUUGAAUACUCAUUAUAUUUUAAAUGUAUGUGAGGCACAAUUGCCAGAUGCAGUAUAUAUAUGUAUAUAAUAUUAUUAUAGUUUUCAUUCUUUCAAACAUGUGAUAAACGAUAUUCUUUCAUACAUAAAAUGUUUACAAAUACAUCUUGUAUUAAAUAUAUAUAUACAUAUACAUAUAUAUACCAUUGUAUAUAUAUACAGUAUAUAAUAUGUUAUAUACGCACGAGAAGCGGCAUUGCACGGAGCUCUCGUGAAAAUGAACAUAUAUCUAGUUUUUAUUUAUGUACGGCAUAUACGGCCACUAUAUUUUUAAUAAACAUUUGUUAAAAAU